AGUAUCUGACUUUCCAAUAAAAAUAAAUCUUGAAAAAAAAAAACUACAUAACUAUGGUGCCCCCCACGGCGGCUUCACGUGCGCUGUGGUAACUGCCGUCAGAGCCGCCAUCUCGUGCAGUGAAACCAACGCCUGACUCAGAGAGGCCAUCCCCCGCGGCUGUUGUGGUUUGUCUACAAACAUGGGGAACAUCUUUACAAACCUCUUCAAGGGCCUUUUUGGCAAAAAGGAAAUGUAUACCCUCAUGGUGGGCCUGGAUGCUGCAGGGAAGACAACGAUCCUGUACAAGCUGAAGCUCGGGGAGACCGUGACCACCAUUCCCACGGUGGGUUUCAACGUGGAGACGGUGGAGUACAAGAACAUCAGCUUCACCAUGUGGGACGUGGGCGGCCAGGACCAGAUUCGGUCGCUGUGGCGCCACUACUUCGCUAACACCCAGGGCUUGAUCUUCGUGGUGGACAGCAAUGACCGAGAGCGUAUAAACGAGGCGCGGCAGGAGCUCCUGGGGAUGCUGAUGGAGGAAGAGCUCCGAGAUGCCGCCCUCUUGGUGUUUGCCAACAAGCAGGACCUCCCGAACGCCAUGACUGUGGCUGAAAUCACAAACAAGCUGGGGCUGCACUCUCUCCGCUGCAGGAGCUGGUAUAUCCAGGCUGCCUGCGCCACCAGCGGGGACGGGCUCUACGAGGGCCUGGACUGGCUGUCCAAACAGCUCCAGAACCAGAAGUGA